GAAGGAGCAGGGUAUAAAAGUGGGAGAGAGCCCGAGCACAUCAGUCCUGGUCCAAGAUGGCCAAGCUCACUCUGCUCACCGGCCUGGCCCUGCUGCUGAACGCCCACGUCGGCACUGCCUAUGUGCUGACCUGUUACUUCACCAACUGGGCCCAGUACAGGCCUGGCCUGGGCAAGUACACCCCCGAAAAUGUCGACCCCUGCCUGUGCAACCACCUGAUCUACGCCUUCGCCGGCAUGAACAACAACGAGAUCACCACCUACGAGUGGAACGAUGAGACCCUGUACAAGUCCUUCAAUGGCCUCAAGAACCAGAACAAAGACCUGAAGACCCUGCUGGCCAUUGGAGGAUGGAAUUUUGGCACAGAGAAGUUCACCACCAUGGUUUCCACACCCCAGAACCGCCAGACCUUCAUCAACUCCGUGGUCAGGUUCCUGCGCCAGUACGGAUUCGACGGGCUGGACCUGGACUGGGAAUACCCCGGCUCCAGGGGCAGCCCAGCCCAGGACAAGGGUCUCUUCACCGUCCUGGUUAAGGAACUGCUGGCAGCCUUCGAGCAGGAAGCCAAACAGACCAGCCGGCCCCGGCUCAUGGUCACCGCCGCUGUGGCUGCCGGACUUUCCACCAUCCAGGCUGGCUAUGAGAUUGCUGAGCUGGGCAAGUACCUGGAUUACAUCCACGUGAUGACCUACGACUUCCACGGCUCCUGGGAGAGGAACACUGGUGAGAACAGCCCCCUGUUUGCUGGCCCUGCUGACACUGGGGACUACAAAUACUUCAACGUUGAAUAUGCCAUGAAUUAUUGGAAGAGCAACGGUGCCCCAGCUGAGAAGCUCCUGGUGGGAUUCCCAACCUAUGGAAAGAGUUUCACCCUGCAGAACCCAUCUGACACCUCUGUUGGAGCUCCAGCGUCCGGCCCUGGCCCAGCUGGGCCCUAUACCAGGGAGGCCGGAACCCUGGCUUACUACGAGAUCUGCACCUUCCUGAGCUCUGGAGCCACCCAGGCUUGGGAUGAACCCCAGGACGUGCCCUACGCCUACAAGGACAGCGAAUGGGUCGGCUACGACAACAUCAAGAGCUUCGGCCUCAAGGUGGAUUGGCUGAAGAAGAACAACUUUGGUGGGGCCAUGGUCUGGGCCCUGGACAUGGAUGACUUCACCGGCACCUUCUGCCACGAGGGCAAAUACCCCCUGAUCUCCACGCUGAAGAAGGGCCUGGGGCUGGAGAGCGGCGACUGUGUUCCCCCCGCUGAGCCCCUGCCUCCCAUCACCGAGGCUCCCACCACCACCACCACCAGCGGCGGCUCCGGCGGCUCCGGCGGCAGCGGCUUCUGCGCCGGGAAACCCAACGGGAUCUAUUCAGACCCCGACAACAAGAGGAACUUCUACAGCUGCGUGAACGGGCAGACCUUCGUGCAGAGCUGCGAGCAGGGGCUGGUCUUCGACCCCGUCUGCACCUGCUGCAACUGGCCCCAGUGAUCCCAACCCUUUUCCAGCCAUCCCUCAGAUCCAAUUGUUGGCACCGCUGGUGAUUAAAUAAAGCUUUCUGUAAACAAUC